GAUGAGCAAGCUUUGUGUGCUCGCCGACCCUCAACAUCGAUCCCGCUUAACAAGACUUCUUGAUUUGAAAACAAGGCAAUGAGAUCGAGAUUUAUAUUUCGCCCCCGCCUGAAUCACACCCUAGUAUGACCUGAAGUAUUUGAAGUUUUGGCGCGUCGCUCUGUGGGGAGUGAGAACUGCACUUGCCCUUACGGAAGAUCCGGUUAUUAUCAAUCGGCUCUUCGUCAAACUCCUUGUCAACGGGAUAUCAUUUGCAAUACUUUGGUUUCAAGAAUAAAUUGUAAAGAUUGCGCUUCAAAAGGAAAAGCGGAACUGUCGAGGGAAGACAGAACAGCAAGAGGAGACGGAGAAGGAGAAGGUAGCUAACAAUAAUGUACCUUCAGGAAACGAUGAACCGAGAAUCGUCGUAAAUGGUUUCGACCAUUGUUUACCUUCUUAUCUAAACAAUCCAACGCGUAAUGCUGGAUCUGUUGAUUUAAGGGAUCGAGAGAAAGAUAAGUGUCAAACUGUGGUUCAUAGCGUGAAGGCAGGAGGCAUCGUGAUGGAGCUGCACAACUCGACCAGCACACAAAGCCUUGGAGUUAACUCAAAUGCAGGGGAAUCAGUCAUAUUUGGACGCAAAGGAUCGACUCUAAAAAGGCUUGUCGUGUGUCUUGUUAUUGUCUGUAUUCUCUUAAUAGCUGCGUGUGUUUUCCUCUCCGUCCUCUAUGUGAAACAACUGCAACCCAACACUAGCAAUCCGACAGAACCACCUACAAGCGGAGCUAUUUGCCUCUCUACAGAAUGCUUAAAGAUCGCAGCCGAGUUUACCAACAACAUCAACAAAUCUGUCGAUCCAUGCCAAGACUUUUACCACUAUGCCUGCGAUGGAUGGAUGCGAGAUAACCCAAUCCCACCGUCUCAGAACGAACAUGCAACCUUCUACAUACUUGCCAAAGAAACCUCAGAAAAGCUUAGGACCCUCGUGGAAGAAGCAACUGAUCUUGCCGCUGGAGAUCCGCUCCGAAAGGCUCGCGAUUACUAUAYUUCGUGCAUGGACGAACGAGUGGCCGAACAAACUUCUGAUUUCCAGAUAAAAAACUUGAUUCGAAAGAUUGGCUCGUGGUCUCUGGGUGCGAAUACGACAGGAUGGAACGCCUCAUCGUGGGACUGGAAGGAUGCUAUGUUCAAGAUCCAUAAAGAACUUAAUGUAGAUGGCGUUUCACCGUUAUUCAACAUGGGAGUGCUCGAAAACCCAAAACAUUCCAUGAGUUAUCUUAUCAAGAUCGACCCGCCGAACCUGCCUUUGAUCAAAGACCAGUACACUAUGAAUAACUCCAAGGUAAAAGAUGCGUACUUGAACUUCAUGGUCGAAACAGCGGUGAUUCUUGGAUGCAACAAUGAAACUGCUCUUAAACAAAUGAGGGAGGUGAUCAAAUUUGAAACAAAUCUUGCCGAGAUUACCCCCGAAAGAAGCAUCAUACAGAAACGAUUAUACGAUACGUACGAGUUAAAGGAAAUCGAGAAGAACGCACAUAACUUUUCAUGGGUCAACUACCUUAACAAGGUGUUCAACCGCUAUGGUGUAGAGAUCAACGAUACGGAGUCCAUCAUCGUCCCAGCGCCCACGUUCUUGGCCAACAUGACGAUAUUAGUGGGRAAAAAAUCAAAAAGAGUGCUAUCCAACUACUUCGUGUGGAACGUUGUUCGCAACAUGGUUCCAUUUCUUUCCAAGCCAUUCCGAGAAGCAGAAUUGAGAUUCAAGAAGGUAUUAAACAACUUUUUGACCUCCAAACCCCGAUGGCAAGAAUGUAUCACGGCCGCAGAUUCCUCGAAGGGGYUGACAUUUGCAUUGGGCUACAUGUAUAUCGACAAGUUCUUCGAUAAAAGCUUUAUUCCAAAGAUAAGAGAAAUGAUGGAUGAUAUGCGGAGAGCAUUCCGUGAAGAAGUKACGGGGCUAAGCUGGAUCGACAAUACUACAAGAAAAAGUGUCUUCAAUAAGGAGAAAGCAAUGUUGGAAAAGAUAGGCUAUCCARAAUUAUGUGCUAAUUAUACGCUCCUGGACUUGUACUAUAAAGAUCUAAAGGUGGAUGAUACGCAUUACCUUCUGAACGAAGUGAAUGCCUCUCGAUGGUACACAGACAAGAUCUUGUCUAGGCUCAGAAAACCUGUCAACAAAGAYACUUGGUACAGCGGACCUCAGAUGAUAAAUGCGUUUUACUUAAGAGAGCAUAACGAAAUCAAUAUCAUGGCAGGAAUACUUCAGCCCCCGUUCUUUUACGGUACAAAUGCACCAAGCGUUGUGAAUUACGGAGGCAUUGGRAUGGUUCUUGCACACGAGCUGACGCAUGGAUUUGAUACUGUUGGUCGUAGAUUCAACAAUCUCGGCGAACUUACCGAUACAUCUGGAUGGACCGACGCCUCGAUGCGUGCAUUCCAUGAAAAAGCAGAUUGUAUUAGCAAACAGUACAGCAAGUACCCUCUGAAGGUUAAUACUGGAACUUUGUACGUCAAUGGAAAUCUGACGUUGGACGAGAACAUUGCGGACAACGGAGGCUUGCUGAUCGCUUAUAAGGCUUACCAAAACUUGARGAAGGAGCACGGACCACAGAAGACGAUACCAGGACUUGAGCUGUCCAACGACCAAUUGUUCUUUCUUAGCUAUGCUCAGAUGUGGUGCAGUCUGUAUACCCCAGAAGCGAGGUUUKCACGAGCCAAAAUCGACACUCAUUCCGUUCCAAAGUACAGAGUCCAUGGAGUACUCGUAAAUAGUGAAGCGUUUGCUAAAGCGUACAAUUGUCCAAAAGGGAGCCCGAUGAAUCCUGAGAAGAGAUGUCGAGUAUGGUAAUCGAAUAAACAGACUCUUUACAGUACUCAGCCAAGAUAACUUAAAGAAAGCCCUAACAGUCUCGUUCCAAGACCUCGAUUUGAAUGACCAAAUGGCAUCUUCUACAAAGAGCACGUGGUUGUUUUCUGCAUUGAGUAUUAUGUAAUCAGAAAGAGCUGGCUUUUUCGUGGACUUUAUACUAUAUAUUCGCUUAAAUAUUGAUAAACAUUUAACGCAAUUAAGAGUUUUAAUCAAAACCAUUUAUGUACAUUUAGCGUUUUUGUGGUUCUAACAAAUGUUAUGUUGGACAUUUUGUAAAUAUGUACGAGCUGAAUUUAAAUCAAACGUACCACACGCUUAGUUCUUGUUACCAUAAAUUGCGGUUACUGGAAUCAAUACAAUUAGUAUUUUAAACUGCGCACUGUUCCUAAAAUACACAACACGUAUUGUAGUUAGUGGUCUCCCAAAGUCGCUUUUUUUCUGCUAUUCAAAGGUUUGCCRAAAUGAUGCCCAAGCUAUUUUGUAUAUAGAUAUAACCAAAAUGCCUUUGCUUUCAUCACCAACUUUGUAACGAGCAUCAUAUUUUACGCUUAUAACGCUUUUUACGCUUAACUAUCACAAAUGUAAUUUUGUGUAUGAAUCCCUAAGACUGAUUCACAAAGAAGCGCCAACCUUGUGGAAAACAGGUUUUACUGAAAGUAGUAUAAGAUGGCCUCCAUUGUUUCCGCCGCUGACGUCAUUAUGCAAUCAAAUUUCAUAAUCCAUUGAAUAUUUCCAUUUGAAAAGCCUUUAUUGGCUGAAGCAUAUAUCUUAUGUGUGUGAUUUUCUGAAUGUUAUUAUAUYCUGGUGCCAUACUUGCA